ACAAGCCGAUUGUACAUUGCACGGUGAGGAGUUUGAACGCUGCACAGUGAGAACCCUGAAGCUGCACAGUGAAGACCCUGAAGCUGCACGUGAUCCUCCAGCGAAGACUAAAAAGGGAAGAAAAGGAGGAAAGUACAGGGAAAGAGAAGAUUCAACGAAGAAGAAGGCUUCUUCUGAAGACUCCGAACUUCAGAUCUAAAGAAAUUCCUUUUAUUGUAUACGUAUUGCGAAAAUAGGAAAUCAUAAUCGAAUCACGAUUAAUUCUCCUUUCGAGUCGCGAGUUACAAAGUCGAUUUUUUUUUAUCAAGUUUUUUAAAAACUUUCGGGAGUAUUGCUGAAGUUUCUGCAGUUGUCAGUGCGAAAGAAGUUUAGAAGACCGAGAAGAGAGAUUUUUAGACAACGAAAUUGACGUAUCACAGUGGCUCGACACACGAUGAUUUUAAUUGGUGUGAUAGCGACGACCACCUUGAUUAGUUUAGCACAUUGUACACCCCUUUCGUACACAACCUAUCAGAGGAGAGAACUUCCGGCACUCGAUCGUCCCGAAUUGGUGCUGCUCUUUGAUCCUCGUGAUUCCGGACUAGAGAACGAAAUGUUCGGCUCGGGUAACGACCCAAGAUCAGCGGCAAUUCGUAAUAAGAGGAUCGGAUCACUGUCAAUUAACAAUUCCGUUGACGUAUUGAGACAGCGAGUUCUAUUGGAAUUGGCGCGCAGAAAGGCGAUGCAGGAUCAAUAUCAGAUUGACGAGAAUCGACGAAUGAUGCAGACAGUUGGAAAGCGCUCGAAUUCCGAUUCUGUGACAGGAUAUCCGACGAGUUCUAAUAAGGAGAGCAACAGUGGAAUCUAUUUAAUUGAAGAGAGGCCGAAUGAUCGAGAUCAAAGCCAAUCUCCUGUUCGGAUUUCGGACAGGACAGCUUCUGUCUGGCUCGAGGGGAAUGAUCAUGAUCACGAUCACGAUCAGGAUCAGACACGAAGGGUGCAGACGAAUGAAGUUCAUCUCUUGUAAUACUUCGCCCUGAAGUCCUCUGGACAGAAACACCCAACCCCGGCAGCUUCGCUUCUCCGUACACGAUUUUCCGUUUCGAAAAAAAAAAUCGUUCAAAAUUUUUUACUGCUCUAUCCAAGAAAUUCCAUCUAAAAUUUUAUUUUGACUAAAUUCCGAAACAUCUUUUUUCAGAAAAAAAACUCUUAGAAAACCAAGUACGUGAACCCGAAAAAAUGCAGAUAAGUGAGCGAUAAAUCCCAUAAAAUAUUUUGCGGUUUGCGAAGUAACGAAACAGUA